UAGUACAAUUACUUGACUCACCGCCACCUUUCCGGCUUUCUCUACACCUAUUCUUUAUUAAGACAGAAUAUGACUGCGCGUGCUCAAGGGCCGGCGUUUUCUCAGUAGCAGACGAUUUAUUUCAAUUCUGCAUGUACUAAUAUAUGAAGCAAACCUGUAUCGUUCAUAUGGACACUUGUUCGAGUGGUUAAAAAUGUCAGAGGUUUGGACAGUUUCUGUGUUUUUGUUCCAUAUUUUUCUGGUGACAUUUUGUAAUGGAGAAUCUCACAGAAGAUUGUCGGCUAAUUUUAUCGGUGUUUCACUUAAUGAACACAAGCAUAGGGAAUUACGGAUAGCGUUUAAACAUGUUCUGGUUUUGGAAACCUCCGCGUUUUGGACUACCGGAGACGAGAUUACUUUGCGUCAAGUGACAGAUGGGAGACGAAUUGUGCAAGCGGUUUACCAAUUUAACAAAAUGCAAGAUUGCGAAUAUACAGAAAAUUCAAAGUCGAUUUUAUACUUGAUUGAACAGUUUGCGAAAGGAAAACGAGAUUUACUAGACUUAAACAAUACGGAUGUGUUUCAUAUGUAUUCGUCUACAGACUUUUCAAAGAUGUCUGGUGCCUACAAACAUGUACAACAUAAAAACAUGUUAAAGAAUUUUAGGCAGUACGUGAAUAUUAAAAGACAAGCGCAUCUGUGUCAAACCUUUUACAAAAAGAACUACAAACAAAUCCUACAAGAUCCUAAAAGCCAGUUCGUGGAUUCGUCUCAUAACAUCUCAGCAGGAACUAACAGUAGUCAAAUACAUGCGAAUAAUCAGCGAUCCAAGAGAAGCGUUUCAAUGCCAUUUUUACGUUCUAAAAGGGAUGCUUCAGCUGCUAGUCGCUCGAAAAGAGAUCUUUUUUCGGGAUGGUUAAUAUUUCCAGGAACCAAGUGGUGUGGCACCGGCGACAUAGCCGAAAACAUACACGAUUUGGGUUACGACGAAAGUACAGACACAUGUUGUCGAAAACAUGACCACUGUCCCCAUUUGAUUAAUCGAUUUUCAUGGAAGUACAACAUGUUUAACUACCAUUUUCAUACAAUGAGUCUAUGUGUAUGUGACAACAGAUUCAGACGAUGUUUGAGAAGAUCAGAAUCACCGACAGCUAAACUUGUAGGAAAAAUCUACUUCAAUAUCAUUAGUCCACAAUGUUUUAAAAUAAAGAGGAAAAAGACAUGCAAGAAACGAAACUGGUGGGGAACGUGUAAAAAAUACAAAGGAGAACAAUUUGCAUUUCCCUUCGACCAGAAACCAUUUUGAGAAUAGUUGUGAGAUUUAGACAAUGACGUUGUUAUAGAAACAUACGAAAUCUGUAAAUAGUAAAAUCUUGUUAUUAUUGUUAUAGGCUAGAAAGUAUGAAUGCGUUGGACAUAUCGUUGGCACCAGUAAUCAGAAAGAUUCUGAAAAUUGGCAGUUUUGGUAAUCCAGGGCAUUAGACUGUGGUAUUUGUCAAGUUGGCGAAACGCACAACACGUUAUUAAAUAGUGGUAAUUUUUUUUGGUAAAAAACGAAUCUAAAAUGGAUAUGAAUCAAGGUGUAAACAAUAAACAACCAACUACUUAUUUUUAGUUCCGUAGCGACACCUGCUGAUGUCAUUAACUGAUGAAAGACGAUAUCCUCUAAUGUCAGCCAAAUGUACAAAAAGUGACGAAAUAGGAAUACCUAGGAUGUGGUGUGAUGUUUUCAUAUAUAAUAUGCAUUCUUUGUUUUUGCUAAUGGCCGCGGCCUAGUUAGCUCCAGUGAAUGCAACAUCUGUAAAAUAUUUGGAAUAGUGGGCGAGGUUCCGUCGAUUUUUUUUAUUGCGGUCACGUGUGUUCCGUCUGCUGGUGAAAGGUUUAUUAUGUCUAUAGCAGCAGACGACAUUAAUGUGGGUUACAUCCACGUGAAUAGGUACGGCAUGGCCAGCAUCCGUUCUUAAUGAUCAUACUAUACAAAAACAUGCUUACAGCGAAUUACAUGACUGGAAUCCAUUGUGCUGCUCAUUAUAUCAAAUUCAAUCUUCAUGUUCGCUCUUCAAUAAAAUGAUCUGAUAUGUCAAUCAUCCGUAACCCGGAAUCAAUUUCAAAUGAAUCAAGACGUAUCAAGAAGAACUAUUAAGGUCCCAUGUUGUGAUAUUCAUCCAAUUUCUUUACAAUGAACAUAAGAGAAAGGUCAGAUCGUAAAUGAACCCCAUACUACAAGUGAAAACGAUCUGCAUAAUAGCACAGGGCGAUUAGUUUAAUUUAAGACAGAAACUAUUAAUUUAUCCAGAUUUAUUAAUCGUCAACAAACAUGAUAACACAAAAAUCAGACCAUCCAUAGGCAGUUCUUGUAUCGCGUUGUUAAUACAUGUUGAUUGUUGAGAACUAGGCCAGUUAACUGAUGGAAAACAUAAGAUGGCGAGUACAUGGUAUCGCAGUUGGGAUUUAUACUCCAGUGGCAUGUUUUGUUUAUAAAAAUAAAAAUAAAUUCUUUUUUUUAAAAUGUUUUUAUGUAAAUAUAUCGAAUGUAAUAAGGCAGAUCAAUAUACUUACACUGUAAUAUACAUGUAUAUCAAACACAUUUUGUUUCUUUGUGAAUUAAUCUAGUUUUAAAAUAAUAUGCCUACCUCUGAUUUAAAUUACCUUUUUACUCUUUGAUGUUCAUCAAGCAUCGCCACAAACACAGACACGUGUUUUAUAUUAUCAUAAUAUAUUUUAUUGUACACUAACAUCAGACAAUAUUUAUAUAAUGUAUAAAGCAUGUCAUUAGCUAUAGUCCGAGGUGUCUGUCUCUUUUUCUUAGCUUGUUUUGUGGCCAAUGGUAUCGUGAAAGUCAAAAACAAAAUGUUCAGGUUUUUUUUAAGAACAUCCACAUAGAGUUCGUUCCUGACAUGCAUUUCAUUAUACUUGGACAUACCUUAGUAUUAUACAUGCAUCUUUGACCGCUUUGUACAGCAUAUUUAUUCCAAGUCAUGUACCCAUUUUCCUAGACAUGUGUUACGCUUGAGAAGGUAGAUAAUAAAGCCACCGGUCGAUGUCUAAUAUAAGUAAGGUGUUUCAGUGAAGGAAUCAAAGUGAAAAUUCCCCAAACCUAAGAACGUUUGAUCUCUUUGUCAAAGAACGCACCCCAACCCCCACCGGUCGUCAGGUGGGUAAUGUUCACUAAUCCACGGGUUAUGGUUAGGGUUGUUGUGGUGGUACAACCGUCUCUUGGCCUUUUGACGUUGACCUUGACAAAACGUCUAAAACCACAGUUCUUUUGACACCCAUUUCAUAGUAUGAUGAUGUAUAGGGGCGGACAAAAUUGGUUACUCAUUAUAAAAAGACUAAGGAUAGAGUCAGAUAUUUUGGACACGUCAUUAAAUAUGUAUUUAAAAAAAAGAAAAAAAAGAAGCUUGUUAAAAGAUUGUAAGUCAGUUUUGUAUAAGAAUGUACUGUACAUUAUCAUGUAUCAGAGGUCCAAUGUCCAGAUCGAGGUAGGGUGGUUGGAUAAUAUUUACCCAAUUACAUCUCUAACUUGACUCGCGAUUUGAGGAAAGGAAUUGGAUUUAAGGUCUGGUAAAUAAUAUUUUUCAAUCUGAUUAAAACCAGAUGUUAAUUCCGUUUGGUUUUAUUGUUAUGUUGUGCUACAUUAACAUUAGCCAUAUUUUUUGUUUAAAGUAACCAUACAAAUCACGUGGACUUUAUGCCUUUAUCAAAUGGUGUGUAUUGGUGUACAGGGCUGCGUUUUGUGGUGAAAUAAUUGUGGUCAAGAACUUAUGGGAAUAUUUCUGGGUUAUUUGGGUGUUACACCCAUCAUCAUUAGCCCGGUUGGUGCAGAUGCACCAUUUCUGAUUUUAUUUCGAAACCUAGGCAGUUUGGUCAGGUGUCAUAGCCGCUUAAUUACUGUCGCCCUUUCGCAAUCAUUGGGUAUGGGCACAGGCGUACGAGACAGUGGGGGGGGGGGGCUGCCCCUCACCCCCAGAGUCGGCAAAACAAAUUUUAGCGUAUUUAAAAGGACAAAUGUGAAGAUUAUUCCAUCUCGCAAAAAGACUUUACUACGGUUAUUUUGUGGUAAAGUUAUGUAGGGUCAUCGGGCGCUGCCGCCGUAUUUUUCAGGCAAAAAUAAUACCCUCUCCCCCACCAAGGACAUGGGUCAUAUACGGAAUAAGGAUAUACCAGACCGAAGAUGCAGUAGGCGUGUACGACAGUUAUCUGGGUCUAUAAUUAUUCUAAGGUAUUUAUCCUGCCCCCCGACAUUAAUACGCGGUAAAAUAAACAACAUGAUUGCUGAUGUAGCGAACUAUGUAUCACCAAUUACAUAACUCAAUUAUAUAAUAUCUAUUUAUUGUAGAAAAUCAUAAAAUAAGCAAAACAAAAUUGAUUAUAACUCAUUUUUCAACCUAGAAGUGACCGAGUGACUUAAAAUAGUGUAUCAUAGCAUUUUAUUUAUAAUUUACUUUUGUGUAAUGAUUUUACGAACAUGAUAAUUAUUAAUGGAUUCUGCACUGCCUGAAAAUAGUUUCCAGAUAGUUUCUUUAGUAAAUGUAUCCAACAGAUUUAUUUCAACUAUAGUCCGGAAUUACUAUGAAAAGUAAUUCUAUUCAAUAAAAUUUGUCUA